AUGGGCGCCGGGAGGGCGCGGCACGGCGGGCGGAAACCCCGGGCGUUGGCGGGUCCCGGCGAUAGCGCCCUUAUCUGGGACCCCGGGUUAUUUCUAGCGGGGAGGCCGCGCUGUGGUCUGUGGUGGGCGCGGCGGGGGUGGACGGCCUGUCGCCUGUUCCUCCAGCCCGCGCCGCCCGUCCAGAGCAAGCCGGGUCGCCGUCCUCUCGCCAUGGGCUCGGGGCCGCGCGGGGCGCUGGGCCUGCUGCUGCUGCUGCUCGCGCCGCCCGGCCGCCCGGCCGCCGGCUGCCCGGCCCCCUGCCGCUGCGCGGGGACGCGCGUGGACUGCGGGCGCCUCGGGCUGACGCAGGCCUCGCUGCCGGCCGCCUUCCCGCCCGACACCACCGAGCUGGUCCUGGCGGGCAACAACCUGACAGCGCUGCCGCCGGGGCUGCUGGACACGCUGCCCGCGCUGCGCGCCGCGCACCUGGGCGCCAACCCCUGGCGCUGCGACUGCCAGCUGCUGCCGCUGCGCGCCUGGCUGGCCGGCCGGCCCGAGCGCUCGCCCUACCGCGACCUGCGCUGCGCCGCGCCCCCCGCGCUGCGCGGCCGCCUGCUGCCCUACCUGAGCGAGGACGAGCUGCGCGCCGCCUGCGCGCCCGGCGCCCUCUGCUGGGCGGCGCUGGCGGCGCAGCUGGCGCUGCUGGGCCUCGGGCUGCUGCACGCGCUGCUGCUGCUGCUGCUGCUCUGCCGCCUGCGGCGACUGCGCGCCCGCGCCCGCGCCCGCCCGGCGCUCACCGCCCCGCUGCUGGCCGAGCCCGCGGGCAGCGGCGACUCCUGAGCACGAGUGGAGCCGGGCCCCGGAGGAGACCCCACCCUGCCCGCCGCCCAGCUCCCCUCCUCUCCCGGACGUCGGCCGCUCGGCGGCAGCAGCAGCAGCACCCCGCUCCCCGCGGGGCCACCUAUCCUCCAGCCCCACCCCGAUGACCAGGAUCUGCGGAGUGCCCUGCCACCUUCCCCUCGCCAUCCCCCCCAACACGCGCCCCCAUUCCAAACUUCAGUACUGAGCAAAUACCCUCCACUGAUCGGCUCUGCACCACCUGACCUGGAAAUCCCUCCGCUCCCCGACCCCCAAAUAGAAAAGAAAAAUUAAAAACAAACGAAAAAAC